UCUCUCUUGCUCUCUGUCGUUGCAUAGUCAUGGCCACCCGAGGGGCAUUCCAGCUGCGCAAGCUGACGCUCAAGUACUGCAACCACAGUGGAAGCAGUAAGGGCGCACGAGAGUUCAUCCGGCACCGGAUUGUUGAGUUUGCAAACAACACGCCUGCGGCUGAGGUUGUAACCGAGCUGCGACCAGGGCAGCACCCUUACAUCAUGGGGGACUAUGUUUCGGGCGAGGUCAAGACAAUAGGCAUCAAGAACAUUGCCCCAGGAGAAAUUAUGGAUUACGCCAUGAUGCUCAGAAAUUCUAGUGGUCACAAGGUUCGAAAAUUCAAGAAGCCGGUGGAGAGCCGAUAUCCCUCGAUCCAGGGUGUGUGGGACAUCGACGCGCCUCUCCACACGACAGACAUUCACGUGGAACACCACGACUGAUGGCUUGGGUUGUUUUAAUAGAAUCAUUAUUGUUGUAUUGGCGUACCGCUAGGAAGCGGUGCUUAAGAAUCUACCACCUCAAUAGCCCGUACUUUGUGGCGCACCUUGGUUUGUACUGUAGUGAGGCUUGCACCGCCCUUGCUCUGGGAGCCUCCAGUUGUAGCCGCAUGCGUGCAAGCACAGCACGGCGUAAUCCCUUCGCUGCGCCCGGCCGUCGCUUGGCUUUCCCAUAAGCUUUGACGUGGGCCGUAUUUGUUUCGGGAAGGUGUUUCCCGGCAAGCAGAUAGUUUCGCUGGUGGACGUGUAGUCGUAUUAGCGACGCGUCUUGCCUCAGGCGACCGUGCUAACCCUCAAGAAAAGAUUCUCGUUGUCUGCUUUAAGGUGUGUGUUGCUGUCAUCAAGCGGGACGGUGUGUAGCGACGACGGUCCCUCGCUCUUCAGGGUGUCUUUUCUGAUUUUUCUGUAGGGACAAUAUUUUCAAGUGAACACAGAUGUACACCGGGCGUCGACGAAUUGGCUGUAUGAUUGGGGUGGUCACUUGCACAACAAUGCAUUGCGCCGUCGAGAAAGCAAAGGAACGCCGUUAUUCUGAACACGCCCUCAACGGCAACCUACUCAGGUUGUGAGAAUUAGAAACGUCCAAGCAGGACCCAUGUAUUCCUUCAUGGCAACCAAGUUGCUACACCCGUUGUGAAGCAAGUACCACGAUGGUGCCAGUACCAGACCGAAUAACAGCACACACUGAAGGCCCUGACCGCCUGUCUCUGCAAUCGUGUAGUAUCAGUGGU